AUGCGUUUUUCCAGCCUCAUCCUCUGCCUGUCGUUUACUGGUACCCUCGCCGUUGAGCGGCGCCAGGAGCGCAAGGUUGCCUCGGAUCAGGGGUCGGUGCUACAUGCUCCCAAGAGGUACAUCCUCGAAACGCCGUCAGGUUCAAACCUCGCGCAACUCAAAGCCAAGGUCGAGGCCGGCGGCGGCACAGUCCUCAAGAUCUUUGACACGCCUGGAGUCUUCACGGGCCUGUCGGUCGAAGCGCCUAACGAUAAUGCCGACUCUCUCGAGGCAGUGCCCGAGGUGGCGCGCGCCUGGCCCGUCGUCCGCGUCCAUCUGGGAGCGCUGCAGCCGCUUGGGUUCAGCGACGAUGCGGCUGCGCCCAACUACACGAUCCACUCCUACACGGGCGUCGACAAACUCCACAAGGAGGGUAUCCUCGGCAAGGGCGCCCGGGUCGCUAUUGUCGAUACCGGGGCUGACUACAACCACCCAGCCCUGGGCGGCGGUUUCGGGUCGGGGUUCAAGAUUGCUGGAGGCUAUGAUCUUGUAGGCGAUGGAGCUUGGCCUGGUUCGGAACCCAAGACGCCCGACCCAGAUCCUCACGAUACCUUCGGCCACGGGACCCAUGUAGCGGGCAUCCUCGCCGGGAAGUCCGAGUGGUUCGCGGGUGUUGCGCCCGAGGCCAGCCUCUACAUCUACAAAGUGUUCGCCGAUUUGAGUGGCGGUGGCUAUACCGACGACGAAACUCUGAUCGACGCCUUCCUCAUGGCCUUCCGGGACGGGGCCGACAUCAUCACCUGCAGCGUCGGGGCCCUGAGCGGCUUUUCCGACGGGCCUUGGGCUGUGGUCGCCUCGCGCCUCGUUGAGCGGGGUGUUGUUGUCACCAUUUCGGCUGGCAACGAAGGCUACAGCGGCCCGGUCUUUUCCAGCUCGGGAGCGUCUGGCAAGAACGUGAUUUCUGUGGCCUCGACGGACCCCAAGACGAUAGCUGCGGAUCCGUUCAUAGCAACAUUUACCCUUGACGGGCAGUCCAACAAGUCGGCGCUCGCAUACGCCCCCGCAGGCUUUCUGUGGACUGUCAAGGACCUGCCCGUCAUCCUGCCAAAUCUUGAUACAACGACCGAGGCCGGGGCCUGCAACCCGCUUCCGGCGACGACUCCCGACCUCUCCAGGGGUAUCGCGCUGGUGCGGAAGGGCGCGUGCGACUUUGCGACGCAACAGGCAAACCUGGAGGUCUUUGGGGCGAGAUACAUUCUAUUUUACAACAAAGAUGAGAGCUUUCGUCCACCCGAUCCGUCUUCGGGUUUUGAUUCGGAGAUGGCCACGAUCGAGGUCAAGGCGGGAGAGGCAAUCAUAGCCACCAUCAAGGCGGGAGGCAACGUCACGGCCGACUUCAGCUCCCGCGGCGACUGGGCCGUUGGAGCGUACAACUCGGCCGGCGGCACCCCCUCGUAUUAUACAAGCUGGGGCACGCUCAACGAGCUCGAGUCCAAGCCCGACAUUGCGGCGCCGGGAGCUAAUAUCUACGCCCCAUACCUCGGCGGGGGGUUCGCCGUGCUGUCGGGCACGUCGAUGGCCUGCCCCUACGUCGCUGGCAUAGCAGCGCUCUACAUCGGCAAAUACGGCGGCCGGUCCGUCCACGGCCCUGGCAUUGCAAAGAAGCUGACGGACCGGAUCCGGGCCUCGGGUGGGGCGCUGCCGUGGCAGGUAUUUACGCCGAGGAACGUGCCCAUAAACUACGGCUUCUGGGCGCCGGUGACACAAGUGGGCGGCGGGCAGAUCGACGCCCGCAAGGUGCUCAGAUACGAUACACAGCUCACAUUCGAGCCCAUCGCGCUCAACGACACGGCCCACUUCAACCGGUACCACAGUGUCGACGUGACCAACUCGGGCGCGGGCCCUGUCACGUACAAGUUCGCGCUGCAGCCAGCGGGCACGUUCAACGCGCAGAGCCCGUACUAUCAGGACUUCCUGGCGCAGCUGUACGACCUCGACCCGUACGCCUUUUCGCCGCAGGUUAGCUUCCCGUCGGGCAAGUUCACGGUGCAGGCGGGCCAGACGCGGACGGCGCAGUUCGGCUUCUCACUGCCGGCCGGGCUCGACGCGAGCCGGCUGCCCAUGUACAGCGGCAAGAUUCUGGUGUCGGGCAGCAACGGCGAGGAGCUGUCGGUGCCGUACACGGGGGCCGGGUUCGACCUCAAGGGCCAGCUGCGGCGCAGCAUGUUCUCGGACACGACGCCGUUCCAGCUGGGCGGGGCGGGCCGCGAGGGCAUCGACACGUACCACACGUACAACUUUGACCUCGACUGGAUGGUCCAGAGCUUCCCCAAGGUCUACAUCGAGCUCAAGUGGGCGACGCGGCAGGUGCGCUGGGACAUCUUCGAGGCGGGCUGGCGGGAGCAUAGGUGGAAGUACCCGCCCGUGGCGGGCGAGGGCGGCUACGUCGGGUCGGCGACAAGCUCUAUUUACUCGAGCAGCUGGGCCUUUGACCCGAGCUUCAUGGACCGCGAGGCCGUGGUGCCGCUGCCGGUGGCCAGCCCGCGCAGCUCGACGGGCCGCGGCACGCUGUACCCCUUUUGGUGGCUGGGCAAGCUGGCCAACGGGAGCUACAUUGCGCCGGGCAACUACACCUUCCGCUUCGCGGUUCUGGUGCCGAUGAGUGACCCCGAUCACUCGGACAACUGGGACAUAUGGAAGACACCCGAAAUCACUAUUUUGCCAUACAAGGUCUGA